GCUGCAGAGCUACAGCUGCUGCACGAGUGCCGCUGAGCAGCAUGAGUCCUGCGUGGUGCUGCGGUCCCUUGCUGCACGUGCUGCCCACUGCUGCUGCAUGCCUCACGUACGAGCAGCACGAGCACAACGAACAGAUGGUGCGGGCGCUGCACCACAGCCUGCAGGAGAGAGACGAGGCGCUGGUGUGUACGCUGCACCACACACCACACACCGGGGUGUCCAUCACCCCUCGGGUGGUGCUAUACCCCGCCCCUCAUGGGGUGUUAGCGAUGAGCUGUCUGGUGCCCAGGGAGCUCUGGCUGCCCCAGGUUCUUCCCCCGCCCGGAGACAACCCCGAUCCCCAGGUGUCGUGCCCUGUUGUACCCAUACUAUUGCAUCCAGACUAA